AAAAUAAUUAAUAACCAGUUUGUACAUCAGGUGUAGAUCCUCUGGUUUUAAUAAUACAAACAGUUGAAUACUAUCCCUUACGUCAGGCGGUUAUCUUCAAAGUAUUUGUGUGUGGACUUUUACUAUGUGUUUUGUGUAAAUAUACCUAAAUAAAUACAAUGUUUCGGCCGAGUUUUAUAGGUUUACUGUGUUUGUCACUAGUGAACUCUGCGCCCCAGUUAGGAGGUAUUCUAGAACUACUGACGGGUACUAACAAUGGCCAAAACAGGCAAGUAGACAUGUCACGACUAGAAAAUCAAAAUGUAUACAAUACUCCGAGAGGGCCACCUGUAUACUACAAUAACAAUAGACAAAUGCCAGAGUACGAAGUGGUGGCUGUGGUUCAGCCGGCUCCGAAUAGACAACCCGACGUAAUUUCUCCGCUGCCGCUUUCACAAAAGCCUUCCUAUCAACCGCAGCCACCACCAGAAGACAGGACCUACAAUGCACCUAAUGAUUAUGUAGCAUACGAAAACAAAUUCCCUCGAGGUUUGCCACCAGGGCAGGCUAAGAAGCAAAAGGGAUAUGGCCCUCCUGGGCACAUGCCGCCCGGCCACAACCCCAACCGAGGUCCGCCUGGUCUCAACCGCCCGCCCAUGGGACCAAAAGGACCCAACAAACAUGGUCCACCACCAAUGGAUCAGCCAGGAUACAGACCACCUCAAGAUCCUAACCAUGGCCCCCCUAGAGAACCCACUUAUGGAUACCCGGAACCACAUAGACCUAUGGACCAUCCCAGACCACCUCAAGGUGAACAAUAUGAUAUACCGCCGAAUGGACAGAGGCCACCACAUCGUAUACCAGAUAAGCAAGAGACACCACAAAACCCAGAGGAUAAAGAUAAACUUAUCCAAAUAUUAACAGAUAUAAUAGGAAACCGUACUACAACUAGUAGUCCGCAUGUACCUAAUAGAUUUGGUGAAGUUAAAACUACAGCAUCCCCUUAUGUUAUGUCUUUCCAAGCGGUUGCUGUCACUCCAGAAGAAUAAACCAUAAUAUUAGACCUAAACCAUACAUGCAACAUUAUAAUGUACUUCUUAAUUCAACAGUAAAUCAGGGUAGUGAAAAUAAGAAUGAAGUGAAUUCCUAUGUAUUUAUGUAAAUGUUUAAUACAAUAUUAUCGUCAAAAAAUGAACAUCUAUACUCAAUCGAUAUAUUAUUGUAAUAAACUAAGCUUAUUUUUUGCUUAA